GUCGGGGUUGCCAGGUCAAAGGCACUGGACCUCUCCCCACACCCCCAGCCUGAGGCCAGGCGCCAGGUGUCGCCUGAAACCGGAUAGCCCGUUUGGGAGUGAAUCUGAGGUCAACCAAUCAAUGCUUCAGACCGACAAGCAAAUAUGCAUCCCGCCGGAGCUGCCGGAAUUGCUGAAGCAGUUCACCAAAGCCGCCAUCCGCACGCAGCCGCAGGACCUCAUCCAGUGGGCUGCCGAUUAUUUUGGGGCUAUGUCCCGUGGAGAGAUUCCUCCAGUGAGAGAGCGAUCUGAGCGAGUCCCUUUGUCGAACUGGGCAGAGCUGACACCUGAGCUGCUGAAGAUCCUGCAUUCUCGGGUUGCUGGCAGACUGAUCAUCCAUGUAGAUGAGCUGGCCCAGAUGUGGAAGGUGCUGAAUCUCCCAACAGAUCUGUUUAACAGCGUGAUGAAUGUGGGCCGCUUCACGGAGGAGAUCGAGUGGCUGAAGUUUUUAGCCCUCGCUUGCAGUUCUCUGGGAGUUACAAUUGCCAAAACUCUAAAGAUAGUGUGUGAGGUUUUAUCAUCUGACCAUGAUGGUGGAACUCCCCGGAUCCCUUUCAGCACCUUCCAGUUUCUCUACACAUAUAUUGCCGAAGUGGAUGGGGAGAUCUCUGCAUCACAUGUCAGCAGAAUGCUAAACUACAUUGAACAGGAAGUAAUUGGUCCUGAUGGUUUAAUCAAGGUGAAUGACUUUACCCAAAACCCCAGGGUUCGGCUGGAGUAAAAGCACAAUUUUGGCAAUUUUAAAGGAAGAUACAGAGAUGAUUGGACUUCAAAAUGACCGAACCCCAUACACCAUCCAAGGCCAAUUUUCUUGUACAACUGGUACACGCUAAUAAACAAUUAAGCACACAUGAAAUCAGAAA